AUGGUGGACGAUUUCGGGAGGGACCUCCUUGCUGACGCCAGUACCACCGCAUCCCUGCCCGUGAGCGGGCCGAGGGACGACGCCCCUGGCGCAGCCGACCCCGCGGUGUUUGCCGUCGGUCCACCCGAGACCGAAGCACCGCGUGAAUCCGCAGGUACGGGCCCGGCCGCCGAAGCGGCUUCCGCCUCCGCGGUGUUAUUGCAGAACCUUUCUACCACACAAAAAUCCAAGUAGACCCGUACCGUGUUCGAAUACUACACUCGCAUUGCAUGUCUGUUUCAGUGUUUAUGUUAGGAUACGACAAAAAUAAAGAUUUGUUUUGGGCUGUUGAGUAUGACUGUGUUUCAAGACGCUUUUGCUUGUCUUUUUUUUUAUCUUGCAUGACAGACAAUGUGCUCUCGCGUCCGCAUGGGGCUGCAGAGAGCGUUUCUUAUGACAGCAAAACACCGGCCAAAUGAAUUUACUUUUUCUAUAUUGAUUCUUUUAUGCAAGAUGCAUUAUGUUGGUUAGGAUUACGGUUUGGGCUUACUUUUCCGUAGCAUACUUGCACAGUGCAUGGCGCGUUGGACUCUGGCACUUGCAGCCCUGAAGGAGCAGGAGCUUGCGCGGAUCACCAGUUCUCCGGACGGUUCUGACGAACAUAGAAUGGCUUCCGCGGCGAAUGCGACUGAGGUGCACCAAGUGAACAUGCAACUGUUGCAGGACUGGAACGCGAUAGUGGCUGAACACAUGAGGUUUCUAGCCUUAUUUUCAUUUUUAUUCCAAUAUGUCAGUCGUGCUCAUGUCAUGAUGAAUGCGGAUGGGCUUGGGUACUUAUGCACUUUACUCAGUUUCUGUUUCACUGUUCAAAGAGGAUCGUUUCCAUAUGACCUUCCAGGUACUCACGUCCCGAUCUACUUGACCUCCUGCUACAGCACGGCGUUUUGGGAACGCCGUAUGACCCGUCCUGGUAUCUGCACUGCAGUGGCGCCUCGUCGGGAAGGUGUUCACUUCUACGCAUUUUCACCCACAUCGAUUAAAGUAGAAAUAUUGAUAUUCAUAGUCGUCGUGCGCGGGUUUUAUAUUUUUUAUGUUUUUCUGAUUUUCAUCAUGUGCACCACGGAGAAUCGGAACAAAACAGGCCGACUCUCGCGGACUGCUUUACGUACUUGGAGGCUGACGCGACGACGGAGAAAAAUCUGGUUCCGGUCAUUAAAGCGUUUGCCUGCAUUCGGAUGCCACCGGGCUGGACCGCGCACAACGAUCUGAGUUUGCGUCGGUGCUUCUCCAAUCUGUCACUCCAAGUGAUCCAGUGCUGGAAGCAUCCCUUUUACGACCACUUCGUGCAGCUGGUGAACUGCGAACGGUACGGCAGCCUCAUACAGCAGCACUACCCGGAAAUUGGUGACGCCAUCGUAUCAAAAGAGAACAAGUGCACCCAUACCGUGUUCGAAAUCCUUCGUCAUCUCACUACCUUGUCAUUGUACAGAAAUUUGUUCGCCUCUAUCUGAGGGUUACUCGGCAUUUCAUUUGCAGCCUCUGCCUUCUUGCAUUAAAAUAGAACCACCUGUUUUGCCAGCUCAUUCGCAGGAAAAUUUCGUAUAGUGGCACAAAAAAGCACCUACAUGCAAAUCAUUUUGAAUAUGGUAUGCUCCUCUUCACUGGGAUACAUUGAGCAGGACGCCCUUCCGAAAUUCGACGACUGCGUCAACCAGCUUCCAUUGCACUACUACAGUGGCGUGCGACAACUGGCCGAUGCGCUUGACAUCCACCUACAAGCUGCUCCGAUCACGGUAGGGGAAAUCUACGAAAACCUGAUCGAGAUCACUCGCGUUGGGUUGCCGCACGCAGCAGUGGUGACUACUGCGGUGAAGAUAUUUUUAGGGGCAGAGUUUAACCGAAGAGGAGGGUUUGCGAAAUCAGGAGCACAGCGACCCGAAGUCACGGGACCAUUUUGCGUGCACUAAAAAGCCUAUUGUACAAGUUUUGUUUUUGUAUUCGAACCUGGUUUCUUAUUCUUUUUGUUUCGGGUAGAUUCAAUUCCGUUUCAGAUCGGACCUUCCAAAGGAAAUACAGGGGUAAUGCACGCUUGCUGUUUCGCUUUGCAUUUACUGAAAUUUGAAUUGAAGGGCUUCCACCUACUUUUUUGUAAAGUAGAAUUCCGCUGCAUGUCGUCUUCGAACGAGAUACCCAAAUACUGCUAGGCUAAAAUUGCAGAGGAUGCCGUUGGGACAGACUUGUAAGAUUUAAUCAAAUUGUGGUUUUAAACGUUGUGACCGUCUUCUUAGUAAAUUUUAUCAACGCAUUACCCGCUGGCGGAGCGAGGACUGCUUCUGCUAUGAGGGAAUUUUCGCUGUGCCUGGGCUAUGCUGAUUCCGAUACUUUGUGAUUCCGAUACUUUGUAGAAGACUUGCCGUGCAACAGAUCAUUUGUAUCUUGUUUCCCGCCACCGCCGCCUCUGGGGAAAGGAACAAUGGUGAAAAUGCAUGGUUUAUUGGGACAGCUUUUACCUGUACUUCAGAACUAGCAAGUGGUCUGACUGUGAGCAAUUUGAAAUGUUUUUUUUGCGUUCAGCAAAAAGUUUCAAAUUCAAUUUUGAUUUUUUUGCAAUGCGCUAAACAAUCAUGUUACCGACUCGUCUGAAGAUGAAGCGAGCACACAAUUGACUUUUUUGCAAUGUGUACUACUAAUGUUUUGUGCCUGUACCAAAGAGUCACUGAGAGAUCGUUCCCCACGAUUUUUGCCGGGUAUUUUUGUUGACGUCCAGAUUUUCCUAUUACCGGACUUCGAUAUUCCCAGAAAGGACUGCAGACUACUAGCAAAUGACAAUUUUUUCUUCAGCCUUUUUCUUUCGCCAAAAACAGAAGAAAUGCCCAACUUUCACUUUUCAAAACAUCUACAGACUGUUUCUGUUUCGCGACGCGUUUCGUUUUUCUGAACUUUGAUUCUUUAUAUUGCAUUUUGCAAUCAAUGAACAUGAACAGCGAGAACGAACGACAAGAAAAUUGUUCGUGUGCCUUUCCUGUCAAGUCGCUGAGAGCAUUUCGCCCGGCAGAUUCUUCGUAUGUUCGCUCAAGAAAACUUGCA